AUUUGACUUGUAUUUCUUCAGUAACCAUAGAAACCGCUAGUACAACAAGACAGAAACGACAAGAUGGAGCAAAAUCUCAGUGGAACAAACGAGCCAGCCGAGAUCUCCUUACUUAUAAAAUCAUUGCGGUUUGAGAGACAGUUAAAGGAGGAACUUGAAAACCCCCCGCCCAGUAUGAUGGACAGCACUGUGUGGGGCUUAUGCAAAGACUUCACCAAAGGAGGGGGGUACUUUAAGAUUGAGGCAUAUAUUAAAACCUGGGAUAUCCAGCCCGUUUGGGUCUACAACGUGGACUAUAUCCGCACGGAACUGGAAGAUGACUUUAAGAUCCACCUCUACAGGGCCCUAUUCAUGGCCCCUACGGCCAGAAAACCAAUAGGGGACAGAGUCAACAUCUACUUCGCGAUGGAAAUAUCAAAAACCGAGCCCGAAGCUCCGGUGGAAGUCCGCUUCCUACUCGAGUCCAGGCGGCUCAUACACACUCCGGGGACAAGCAAGUUCAGCGAGAAGUGGUUGACUGACAUUACCGACACCAAGGAUUUAUUCCAGAGAAUGAUGGAGUCAUAAAUCAAAUGGCCACCAUAUGUAACAUUCAGUUAUAUAACAGGGGCCCUGUGUAUGGACUUUGGACAUUUUCUUUAGUCUCAGCUGAAAUGACGGCACACCUGUUAAAAACACACCUAUGUUAGAUACAACUGUAACACUGACGACUGAGAGCUAACUCGUUCAGAGGCAGCGCAAUAAAAGGACGCGUUGGCUUACCAAAUAAAGCAUACUGAACAGCAACAUAA